GAAAAAGCCAGAAGACGGCGACGCUGAUUUUGCCAAAGAACCCGUUGGCCCACAAAAUGCAGAACUCCGCCCAAGGGAAAAAAGCUUCUGGCGAGGAUGCCUGCAGCUCAGCCGCAUGCAAAGUGGCUGCUGUGGUGAGCAAGACCAAGCGGAAGAGCCACCAGUUCGUCACGGCGCCGUGCGUAAUGCCCAAGCCACUGGUCGUGGAUGGGAACACCGCAAUCUUCCAGGUGGGCGGCGAGCAGGCGAAGAUGGGCGACAUUCCGGCCCUUUCGCAGCUCAGCGGAGGCUCUGGCGGCCAGCCCAUCUACCGGAUCAAGCCGGGAACGCAUGCGCAUGUCGUCAACUACAUAGUCGUCGACGAGGGAUGCGACUCCAAUCUGAUGAAGAAGGCCAACUCCGGUGACCCGGAAGCCAUGCGUCAACUGUUGGGGCUUCAGCGCGGGACUGCCGUGAGCAAGCUGCAGAAGCUCAUCGCCGCUCGCCGGGGCAAUCCACCCAGUAACCUCGUGAUCCGUCCCUCGGUCCCAACUCCUGGAGGCCCAGGAGGCCCUGGAGGCGCUUCCGUGGGCAGUGGACAUGUAUCCACGCCCCAGAUGCAUCCGGACCUCUCCAUUGCCAGCGUGAAGGGAGGCGUUCCAUUCGUCCGCCAGUCUCCGAGGUGAAUCCUUCUGCGAGGCACGGAACCCAUAACUGAGUUUGAAAACUAGUGAAGAACACUCGUUUUUAAUAAAAUAUUGAUUGGUGAACA